UUUAAAAUGUAUACAUUCGCGUACUGUUCAUUGGUUGUUGUCUGUUUUGGUUCGAUAAGUGCCGAUGUAAAUAGCGAUUCAGGAUACAACUUCUUAGUUAUAGUUACUGAUGACCAAGACAUCAUGCUGAAUGGCAUGACCCCAAUGGCCAAAACUCUUGAACACAUCGCAAAUGAAGGAAUGACCUUUGUCAAUGCAUUUACAACAUCUCCGAUUUGUUGCCCAUCACGAAGUUCAAUUCUGACGGGAAAAUAUGCUCACAACCACCAAACAAAGAACAACUCUCGUUCCGGCGGCUGUUAUGGACGUGUUUGGCGUGAAACGAUUGAACCGGCGGCUCUCCCCGUUUGGUUAUCUCAGGCUGGAUAUGACACAUUUUUCGCUGGGAAGUAUUUAAACGAGUAUUUUUCAGCAAGUAUUCCCCCGGGAUGGUCUCAGUGGUUUGGUUUACAUGGGAAUUCGCGAUACUACAACUUUACCGUCACUGAAAAUGGUAAAGUGGCCACUUAUACCAAUGAAUAUUUUACUGAUUACUUGGAUACUAAAACGGUAAACUUCCUGAAGAACUUAAGAGCAGAUCGGCAUUUUUUUGCGAUGGUAACACCUCCUGCUCCACAUGCCCCAUUCACACCUGCAGACAGGCACAAAGAUCUUUUCCCCAAUGUCAAAGCAAUACAAACGCCGAAUUUCAACAUAUCUUCCAGUCCAUUACAAAAACAUUGGCUAUUAACUAUGGAACCUUCCACAUUGCCAUUAAAGUUCCUGGAUGAGAUGGACACGAUUCACCGUAAGAGAUGGCAAACACUGAUGGCAGUUGAUAAUAUGGUGGAGAACAUUGUGAACAUUUUACGUGAAAAGAAAUUAUUGGAAAAAACAUUUAUAUUUUACACCUCCGACAAUGGUUUUCAUUUAGGGCAAUUCUCCCAAGCCUAUGAUAAACGGCAACCCUAUGAGACGGAUAUUAGGGUACCUUUAUUCGUAAGAGGACCUACAAUCAAACCGAAAGCAGUCCAAGAGUCAGCCGUUGCAUUGCUAGACAUCGUGCCCACGAUCCUGCAGCUUGCCAAUCUAGAACUGCCUUCCUUCUUAGAUGGCCAACCAUUGCCACUGCACAGUGAUGCAGAUGUGUUAAUUGAAAGACAACUACUGGUAGAAUACUGGGGAGAAGGAUCCUUGGAAACGUAUAACCCCGAAUGCCCAUGGGCAGCGCAAGACAGACUACAGUUGUGUACUGUUGAUGCUGCGUGCCAUUGCCAAGACGCCUGGAAUAAUACUUACAAUUGCGUUCGUCAUCUGGCUACUGAUUUGAAUUUCAUUUACUGCGAAUUCAAGGAUAAUCAGAAUUUCGUUGAAGCUUAUGAUAUUGCCAAUGACCUGUAUCAAAUGAAGAACAUCGGCUUCGAAAUACUUCCCUCAAUUAGAGCAAAGUACAGCCUAGCAAUACAGAAUCUCACUGCCUGUGUGGGUCAUACAUGUCAUAUUAUUUACUGAUUUAGUCUCCUGCAAUUGAAUGUUGGCUAGGAACUAUUAUUAAAUAUUGCAGUCAACUGACCGCGACCAUAAAUAGUCGGCACAUAUCAGCGCAUAAA